AGUGACUCUUGAUUACUCGACCAUUCGUCAUUCAAGCUCGAAUCUCACGCGAUACAGAUGUGGUUUAAUCUCGCAUUUUUUUAUCUUGGAGAUAGCAAAACAAGUUCUCGUUCGUGCCCGAAAAAUCGAUUACACAAGACUCGCUUAUUCAACAUGUGUUCGUCAAGAUUGUCAAGAUUAAUGAAUUUAAAAGCAAUGCUUCUAAUCACCAUCGGGUUAAUAAUAGCAUCUUUGGCGCUCUUUUCUUAUUUUGUGGAAAAAAAGAUGUUAAAACUAUGCUGGAAUUAUAACCGGGAAAGAAUUCCAAAGACUGAUUCCAUUAGAAUUCAAAUUUCUAAUACAGUGGGGUAUAACUUUACGUAUACCCUCAUACCAAGGAUGAACCAAGAUUUAACAAACAAUGCUCGACUAAAUCUAAAAGGAUGCAUUCAAUUAGAUAAAAGCAUCACCGUUAAUCUAACCAAACCUGUAUUUCUUGCAAAUUUUGUUCCAAUUUACGAAGAAAGGUACAAAACAAAGCGUUUAAUAUACAACAAAAGAAUGCCAACUAAAAAAGAAUUCGAAGCUAGGCUAAGUGAAUUGUUAGGUGCUUUGCAGUCUAACUUAAAUCAUCCGCACAUUGAACAGAUUUUCGUUUUUUUGGAAAAAGAAAGCACCUUGCGAUAUUUACAUUCGCUGAAAUUACAGAACAGUCAAAAGCUUGUACUACAUUUAGCAAAUAAAACGGUUUCAUUACAGACGUAUUUUGAAUAUGCAGCGAAAUGUCUUUCGGAUAGAUUGGUUAUGAUUGGCCACCAAGACAUACUGUUCGGAAAAGGUUGGGAUCGAGUUAACUAUAAACAUAUGAGUAAGAAGAAAAUAAUGUACGCCAUUACAAGACAACCGGCUACUACUUCAUGUUACUACUCACAAAGGGCAAGUGCAAACUGUGACAAGCGAUUUCACAAUUAUGUCGGUAGCCAUGAUGUUUUUAUGUUUUACGUUAGGAAGAAUACCUUAACGCCCCAGCUAUUAGCUUCGAUGAACUUUAAGCAAAACGAUAAUGGCAUGGAAAAUGUUGUCAUAUCCAUUUUUAAAAAGAGGUUAAACUAUAUGGUGUCUAAUCCUUGUCCAAUUUUGCACGCUCAUCAUCAGCAUUGCGUGCCCAUAAGAAAUAUGAAGAGACCACGAAUAAACAAUGCUUCGACCACUGGAUGGGAAUCAUUCACAGAUAAAUUGGUGUGACAGGCUUAUUUAGUAACCUUGAAUUAAAAAGUUGUUGAAAAGCCGGAAUUCUCUCUAACAGUCUUUUUUUGACAUCGUGCGUAGGAAUUUCCUUCUUUUUUUUAAUAUCAAAUAAUAUUUAGCGAAAAGUUGUUUCUGACUUUUCUUGUUCCUUCUUUUGGGUGAUUUCAAUUUUUUUAAAAAAAAUACAGUGGCUAUCUCUUUAUCCUAAACUCCAAAAGUCAGGAAAAUCUCUUUUGAAAGAGAUAUUUGAGUUAGAGAGUUUUUCACUGGUGAUUAGAACGCCGUUCCUACAGCGAAAAAGCAAAGGAAGACUCCUGAGGUUAUGGUUCAUGCGUUUGAAGCUACGGAAAUCCACUGUAUUAGUAACGAUACAUUUUGUCGUAAGAAAUUUUCUCCCAAAUUUUAUUGUAAGAAACUAUUUGUGGGAGGAUUUUUUUCAUCUCCAUAAAAAAUUGUCGUAAACAGUUAUCAACCCGUAUCAGCAUAUUGCAAGUAAAUAUCAUUUUAUUUACGGCGAAGUAAGUUAAGAAACGCCUAAGACGGGGAAGUAAUAUUUGGGCGAGAACACUCGUUGCCCGUUGAAAUUUGUGUCAUUGAACGAGAAACUAUUUUUGGCAGGAUAAUUUAAGUUAGUUUGCUUCACUGUCACCAUGUAAGACUAAAAAAUAUACCAAUAUGGCUAUGUAAAUUUUCCAAAAUGUCACAGUCAGGAUUUCAAGGGGAUGUUUUCACCGGAAAUACCAGUAGUGGAUGUCUCAGAUUUUUUUUUUGAGCUUUAAUCAAAAAUAUAGGAAUAAAUCCUUUAGCAUUUUUCAUAGGAAGAAAAAGAAAUCUCAAUUCUCAACAAUUCCAUGUUGUACCAGCUUUGAUAGGCAUUCUAAAUGCCCAACUUGGUGUAACAACCCGUGCCAAACACCAAACUAAAAGAACUGAUCAAAUUGGAUUUUGACGAAAUGAUAUUUCACAUCAUUUGAUCUUUGGCGCAAGCUGUGAAAAUUUAUUUUAAAAAAAUGGUUUAACCUUUUCAGCUCUUACGCCAUAUUAUACAAUCUAAAAAAAAAUCUGUAUACAAUCUCUGCUAAUAACAUCUUUAUUCUGUCUGUGCGCGAGAAAAGAAAAGUCAUGACGAGGUAGCAAAAAUUUGUUCGACAGGAAAAUGUUCGUCGAUUUAACUGCCGGCGUAACAGACCAGAAGCCGUUGGAACAAGGUUCUGCCUUAAUGGUAAUUUUUACGAGGAUAAAUUUCACGUGUCAAAAAAAAUUCAAACGCAAAAAAUUAUUAUUACCUGGUAUUAUUACCAGGUAUUACCGACUUUCAUACAGCGCAGUCUGGGCACGAAUAAAGCGCUUGUAGGGACAAAUUUUUAGCUUGUUUUUGUUUGACUCGAUAGCCUAGUCAAGUUUCUUGGUCACUUUUUCACAAAGAGUUUUUGUGUCAUACGGAGGAAGGCCGUGAAAUAUGUAACCUUUUGUUGUUUCUGUCCUAAUUCUUUGCUUUUUAUACUAACGUUUAACUUUUAAAUAACGUGUUGAAAUGGUGCUGCUAGUCCUCUCUGUGGUAUAUUAACUUUAUUAAAUCAAGAACAACUUACUGUAACUUUUACAAAGUUCAAAGUUGGAUGAUGGUAAAAGGGUAUUUUUAGCUCUGUGCCUGCAGAGGCAAUGAGCAUGGACUGAAGUAUCUAUAAGAAAAUACACGAAGCACUGCUAGAUAUUACACAUCUUUUCCUUAUAAUCAACCUUCAUGGUAUGAAUUAAAUAUAGCUAGAUGGCUAAAAACCACCAUAUGUACAAUGUAAUGUAUGUUUGGCUAUGACUACAACAAGGACAACCAAAAAGAAUUAGAGCUAGCUAGCUUAUUGUUGCAAAAGUAGAAGAAAUGGAUAAUCAAAUAUCAAGCUCAAAGAAUCAAGAUAUGAAUAAUUAUCAAAGAAUAUUUUUAAAUUUGGACGAAAGGUUAUUAAAAAUGCCACAACUGCAUAUGUAGCUUAUAUGUACUGUCCUUAUUACGUGAUUAUCUAAAAGCGAAUAUUUAACCCCGCCAACUACAUAACUUUAUGGUUUAGCGUCUCUAAAAAUAACUUUGACAAAAUUGUGAUUGAAUGGAAAGUCAUCGAAUGAAAAGCGAAUUAGUAAAAACAUUCAAAUCUACUAUAAUUUUGUUGUUUUGAUGCAGACAAACUCGUGGUUGCCGAAAAGACGUGAAAGACAUAUUUUCAGACAAUGUAUAAGGAACUGAUAUACAUAUUGGAAUAUAGAUAUAUUGAUAAAUGCUAAUGCCAAUUUCGCUAACAGAUUCAUUGUUAAUCUCGUUGGGUUUAAAACUGCAUUUUAUAAGUUUUUUUAUUUUUUAAUUCAACUUUUUCUGGCUAACUUUUUUUUUUUAUUAUGAAGCUAAUCUUUAAAAGAUGGAUUUUUACAGAAAGAAGUUUUCAUGAGUUUUUUAGGUGUUUUUCUUUAGUAUACAAGUUCACAACAAAUUUUAAGAGUCAGUCAUGUGUUUGCAUGUGUUUAUAACUUAUUCGCUGAAAUAAAUUCUUGUCAAUAAGUAUAAAGAGAAUAUUUUCUUACUUGCAUGUAAUUUUGCUAUGAUGUCUUUCUAACCUUUUCCUAUCCUUGAAUGAAAAACUUUGUUGUAGAAAUUUGUGGAUGUUGGAUUUUAUUUUUUUUGUAAAUUUAGGGUUAAGGUAGAUGUAACUAACAGCUAACAUAAUGAUAAUAUAAGAAAAGUA